UUUGGAGGGUUGUGUCGGUUGACGUCUACGUCCACCGGAGAGAAAGAGCAGCGUAAAUGUGAAAAAUUUACUAUAUACAGGUGGAAUUUGGGGUGCAAUCGUCUACAAUGGAAAACUCCACUGAAGACUACAAGAUCCAGUCAUUUGACCUGGACACACAGAUGUUGCUGAAAACGGCCUUGAAAGAUCCAAGUGCAGUGAAUCUGGAGAAGGUUUCCACCAUCAUUGUGGACCAGUCUCUGAAGGACCAGGUGUUCAGCAAAGAAGCCGGACGCAUCUGCUUCACUAUUGUGCAGACCGAGGCCAAGCAAAACAAUGGAAACGUGUUCAGGAGAAACUUGCUGAAUCGACUGCAGCAGGAGUUUAAGGACCGUAAGGAGACCAGGGAGCGCUCGCUGCAGGAGUGGGUGUGCUUUGUGACGUUCAUCUGUAACAUCUUCGACUACCUCAAAGUGAAUAACGUGCCGAUCAUGGCCUUGGUCAAUCCUGUGUAUGACUGUCUGAUGAGGCUGGCCCAACCUGAUGCUUUAGUGAAUGAGGAAGAGGUGGACUGCCUGGUGCUGCAGCUGCAUCGCAUCGGUGAACAGCUGGAGACGAUGAACAGCCAACGGAUGGACGAGCUCUUCUUCCUGCUGCGGGACGGCUUUCUGCUCCAGGAAGGCCUCACUUCCAUGACUCGUCUGCUGCUACUGGAGAUCCUGGAGUUCAGAGCUGGGGGGUGGCUGCUCAGCAGCACUGCACAUAAGUACUACUACAGUGAACUUGCAGACUAGAGCGGUUGCAAAGGCGAGGGCAUAGAGCAGCUUUUUUGCAGCUGCAUUAUGAAACCACUCCUGGUGAAAAACAAGCAAGUUCCUGACAGACGGGGACAUCUAACAUGUAAUAAGUUGGAGGGCUUGUAAGAAGACUUUAUUUUUGCUGGAUUGUUCCCUGCAUUUGAUAAUAUUACUGAGAUGUGCCGUGGAUGUGGAAUGUGCAAUAGUUCAGUUAACGAGGUUUAGCCACAUUCAGGUACACUUUGGUUUGUUCCUAGGUUUUUCUUGCCACUCGUAAAGCUGAAAAUAGUUAUUUUUCUGACAUUCCUUUUGACAUUUCAACUUCCACUUAUUUUUACCAAAUCUGAAUGAGCUGGAAAUUACAUUCCAGUCAGAUGCAAGCUGAUAUGGUCUUUGCUUUAACUUUUUAUUGUGACCAAUAUUUUUAUUAAUUGAAAAGGAAAUAUUUUAAUUGAGUAAAUACCUUUUAGUGUAGAAAAUAAUUGAAUUGGUUUGAAUUCUAGUUUUGUUCUGAGUUUUCAGCCCAAGAUUCCCUGUAAGAUUUCUGUUACUGUUUGAUACAAGAUAUGUGAAGCUCAGACGAAACAUGUCUCAAUUCAGGGAUUGAAUUGUUUUUUUUAUGACUCAACUUAACAAUAAAAGACCAAGAGAAUAGUUUUAUUUUGUAUUUGCACAAAUAAAUAGUUUGGGCACUUAAUGAAGUUCUUAAUUAGUUGGGUCAAUAUAACAUGCACAGGAUCAUCCAAUAAUGAGCCUACGCUCAUUAGCCACAUCAUUAAAGCCUGUAACAGAAUCUGUAAGUUUAAAAUUACAUUAUUUAACCAGGCUUCAGAUAUUCACCUGUAUCAAAACAUAAAGCCAAUUAAUGGUCUUAAUGCUGGUCAGUGUACACUCUCCAUUUGUAGCUGAGGUGCUAAAGAAGCAGCCAUUAUUCCAUAUCCCCUCAUAUACACAGGCUAUAAAUAUAAAGCUUGAAUUCAGGUUCCACCAGCAACGAUGACGUGACGUAACUAAACAUAAGUUUUACUUUGAAUCUGCUGCCACCUGCUCAGUGAGAAUUAAGAUCUUAGACCAAAGCUGUGCCUUGCAGUAACUUGGACACAAGCAUAGGAGGAAUGUCAGGAUUCUGAAAACAAAUAUUUUCAAAUGUAAAAGUAAAGUGAAUUACAAGAUUUACUUCAGAGCGGUCAGUCAAAUCAACCAGACAAUCCUAAAAGAAAUUAUGCUCCAAUCUUGCAUAACAGUUAGAAUUUUAAUAUAAAUGUUGAUAUUUGUCAUAUUUAGUCCAAGUGUUGAUUAGACCUAAUGAAAGUUGGAAAUGUCAAGUUUGAAUGCUGAAGACAAUUAAAGUCCCUUAAAGACAGGGCACUGACCGCAAUAUACAGCAGGUUUCUAUAUUUUAUUACAGUGUUGCAAUGUUUUUACAUUUGUCAUUUCCAUUUUUUGUUGUUGGGUUGUAAAUUUAAAGCAAAUUUAUUUGUUGUAAUAAAUCUCUAGAAGUUUUUCUUAA